UAAACUGUUUGUCUACUGGCUUCAUACAGUCAACAACGAACGCACUCUGAUCGGCGGCAAACGACGACGACGACGACCACCAGUGCGAAUGAGUACUUAUUUUCUAAAUUCAUAGAUUCUUUUAAGUUUUGAUAAGUGACGUAGUACGUGUUCGAUACGCGACGACGUUUUAUUAUCCUUGCGCGUUGAAAAAGUUUGCAGCAAAGCGGAUAAAAGGUGCGGUGUGUCAACGAAAAAUAAAUGUAAAAUUAAGUAAAUUGUUACAAACAAAAAACUAUUUAUUUAAAACAUAUAGAUAAAAAAAUACUCUCAAGAACAUUGUGAAAGAGGAAAGCGCGUACGUACCUUUUGUGAAAUUCAUAGUUGUGAAUUUUGCAAAACAAAAGGAUUACGAGAUUUAAGAUAAUAAGUUAAGAUGGCUCCAAAUCUGAUAGGCAGCACUUUCCUUAUCGCCGAAACGGCAAUCACCAAUAAUAAUAAUGACGCUAACAACAACAAGCAGGCUACAUUAGCUAAGAGCACCUGCAAAACAGCAACAAGCAACAAUGAUCGCGUACCGAAUCAGGGCGAGUCAGCGGCGGCCAUCAGUCGUCAAAACUCUGCCAAGCCAGUGGCGCAAACUCAGAACAAAGCAGAUACGGCUACGCAGAAACCUUAUAAAAUGGAAAUCGUUUGGUUCAAUGUAUUCUUAUUUGUGUUAUUGCAUUCGAGCGCUCUCUAUGGCGUAUGGUUAAUUUGGGCUGAGAACGCUUAUCUGGAAUUUGUAAUUGGCUAUUUUUAUGCCAUACUUGGCGGCUUGGGCAUCACUGCCGGUGUACAUCGUCUAUGGUCGCAUCGCGCUUACAAAGCCAAACUGCCAUUACGUAUAUUCCUUAUGCUUUGCCAAUCGCUCGCGUUCCAGAACAGCAUCUACGAAUGGUGUCGCGAUCAUCGUGUGCAUCAUAAAUUCACCGAUACCAAUGCGGAUCCGCACAAUUCGGGUCGUGGUUUCUUCUUUGCUCAUAUGGGUUGGUUGAUGUGCAAGAAGCAUUCCGAUGUAAGAGAACGUGGCAAAUGCAUUGAUAUGAGCGAUAUUUUGGCCGAUCCUGUAGUUCAGUUCCAGCGGAAAUACUACUUUGUUGUAAUGCCCAUUUGCUGUUUCGUCCUUCCGGCACUAUUCCCCUACUUUGUGUUGGGCUCAUCUCUCCAAGUUUGCUUCUUCGUUUGCUCAAUGCUUCGUUAUGCACUCUCGCUGCACGGCACUUGGCUGGUGAACAGCGCUGCUCACUUCUACGGCAUGAGACCAUACGAAAAGAACAUCAGUUCGGUUGAUAGCAAAUUUGUGUCGAUCAUUGCUUUUGGCGAGGGCUGGCAUAACUAUCAUCAUGUCUUCCCAUGGGACUACAAAGCGGGAGAAUUGGGAGCAUACAAGCACAAUUGGACCACAGCUUUCUUGGAUCUCAUGGCACGUAUUGGUCAAGCUUACGAUUUGAAAUCGGUGUCACAGGAAUUGAUUCUGAAACGUUUACAGCGCACCGGUGAUGGCUCACAUUACUCUCUGCAUGACUUAAAUAACAACAAUGUGAACAUCAACCAGCUGGUGUCGAAACUCGAUCAUGAGAAAGAGGAUACCAUGAUUUGGGGUUGGGAUGAUACGGAUAUUUCCAGCGAAGAUCGUAAGGGCGCGCUUUACGAGAAUAAGGAAGAAUAGAAGCAUUUCAGUUUACAGUGCUCGUACACAGAUUCAUUUUUUUGCUUUAGAAUAGGACAGUAUUUAAUUAGUAAAAUUAUACUUGGUGCCUGUUUGAAGCUUCCUAUUCUCAUGCUACCGUUAUCACACUGAACAAAUUUCAUUAAAAAAAAAAA